AUGGACGGCCCAUCUGACCAGGGCGGCUCACCGCGUCGCAACCCUCCUAGUGGCGCCUCCCAGUCUAGCCACUCUCGGGCUGGCUCUACGUCUGGCAAUGCCCAGACGCGCGCCGCCCCGUUGGGUUAUGACCCUGCUAUUGACCCCUUGAAGCCCAUCGAGGGCAUCAACUCGCGACUCGACCUGCCCCCCGAGGCUUAUGUCCGAGUUCAAGGCCGGACCCCCUUUGCGCGUCGACCUGGGUUCAACACCACGGGAAAGCCCAUCAAUGUUAUGGUCAACCAAUUUCGGGUUACCAGCAUCGGAAAUGCGGAUGCAUAUCAGUUCGAUGUCUCCGUCAGCCCGAUCCCCCCCAGACCGCACAUGAUCUCGAAGAUUUGGGAUACCCCAAAAGUCCAGUCCAUGCUGAAGACCCACCCCAAGCCGUGGAUUCACGAUGGCCGCAAUCUCGCAUGGUCUACCAACAAGGUAGAGGAGCUGCGCAUUACAGUGAACAUCGACGAGGAGAAGGGCAAGCCGGCGGACGAAAAGAACACCUACUACGUCAUCAUCCGUAACACUGGGACGAUUCGUCUCCAUGCGCUCCGAUCGUACUUGGAGGGCAAGAUGGACUGGGAUAAUUCCGUGUUGGAAUGCAUGAACUUCCUCGAUCAUGUCCUUCGGCAGGGUCCAUCGACUAAAAUGCGCCUGAUUAGACGCACUUUCUUUCCGCCAGACGCCAAGCGACAGGACCUGAACAUGGCAACUGAGGUGAUCAAGGGCAUGUACGCCUCCAUCCGCAUGAAUCAGUCCAUCCAGCAAGGUGGCACCGGUCUCGGAAUCAACGUCAGCGUUUCUAACUGCGCCUUCUGGCUCGCCCAGAACUUUGAGCAGCUGGUUCGCGAGUUCAUCAGCUGCUAUCAUUCCAAGUGGGAGAACAUGCAAUACAACCGACUCGUUGAGGAGCUCAAGCCCGUCAUUACCACCAAUGCAUCUGGCAACGAAGUCUACUCGAUGUCCGAGGCCUUCAAGGUCCUUCGUAAGCUUCACCGCAUUAGGUUCCGCGUCUUUCACCGAGGUAAGACCAAUGACGACAAGGAGUACGUCUUGAAGUCGUUUGCCUGGAGUCCCAGCUAUGGCAGGGAGGGUGGCAAUGCCAAAAAUGUCGUAUUCGACAAGAAGGAAGAUGGCGGCAUGACUCGGAAGAUCUCGGUCUUCGAUUAUUUCCACGAGCGCUACAAUAUACGCCUGGAACAAUGGCGCCUCCCUGUCAUGGAGACGGCCCGCGGUGGAUUCUUCCCAAUGGAGGUCUGCACCAUGCCCCGAUAUAAUCGUUAUCCCUUCAAGCUGGAUCCUUGGCAGACUUCUCAGAUGAUCAAGUUUGCAGUGCAGCGCCCGACGGAGCGCCGCCAGGACAUCAUGGCCAAUGUUCAAGCCCUUGCUUGGAGCACGGACAAGUACCUCCAAGAGUUUGGGAUCAAGGUCCAAACUGGCAUGCCAGUAGUUCAGGCUAGACUGAUCCCCAACCCUGAAGUCCAGUACGCCAAUGGCAAGGUCAACCCAGGGACAUCUGGACGCUGGGAUCUUCGAGGGAAGAAAUUCACUCUUCCCAACCCUCAGCCCCUGAAAUCCUGGGCAUUCGUCGCGGUCGACGAGUGCGUCGACAAGAAGACCCUUGACAACUUCGUCAAGGUGUUCGAGCAGACCUACAAGAACCAUGGCGGCAAGAUCGAAGUCAAGCCCCAGGUGUACAUGGGGCCCCGAGGCAAGCAGCAUCACGAGCUGGUGGAGCAAGUCUACAAGCAGACGGGUAUUGCCAACAAGGCGACACCGCAAAUCAUCUUCUACGUACUGAAAGAUCGCACUGCCUGGAUUUAUGACAGGCUGAAGAAGAAUGCCGACUGCCGCUGGGCGUAUCUCACGCAGAUGAUCCUGCUUGAGCACGUCCGCCGUGCUCAGCCACAGUACUGCUCCAACGUGUGCAUGAAGGUCAACGCGAAGCUCGGAGGUCAGACGUCGCGUAUCCCUGGCGCAGGUGCCGCCACAGCAUUCUUCAAGGUGCCAACCAUGAUGAUCGGGGUCGAUGUCUCGCACGCGUCACCCGGCUCCGCCAGUGCCUCCAUGGCGGCCAUGUGUGUCUCGAUGGAUAAGGAUGCAGCGACUUAUGCUGCGGCCUGCGAGACAAAUGGCCAUCGAGUCGAGAUCCUGACCCCCGCGAACACCCGGUCUAUGCUGCCGAACAUCAUCAAGCUGUGGUGCCAGAAGAACGGCACGGCCCCGCAGCAUGUGUUCUACUUCCGCGACGGUGUCUCGGAGGGCCAAUUCGCCCACGUCAUGGAGUACGAGGUAGAGGAGAUACGCCGCGCCUUCAAGGAGGUGACCCAGAGCGUGCCCAAAAUCACCGUCAUUGUUGCGACCAAGCGGCAUCAUAUCCGCUUCUUCCCUGAGAAGGGUGACAAGCAUGGCAACCCCCUGCCUGGCACUAUCGUUGAGCGAGAGGUCACUCAUCCGUUCCACUACGACUUCUACCUCUGCUCGCACGUGGCCAUCCAGGGCACUGCUCGUCCGGUCCAUUAUCACGUCAUCCACGACGAGAUCAAGAUGAAGCAGGACGAUCUACAGAAGAUGAUUUAUCACCAGUGCUAUCAAUAUGCUCGCUCGACGACUCCGGUGUCGCUGCACCCUGCGGUUUACUACGCCCAUCUGGCUGGUGCCCGCGCGCGCUCUCACGAAAACGCCCCGACCAGCGAUCAGGUUCCCGACUACGCCAAGCAUUUUGUCACGGGCAAGGUCCCAGGGGCGUUGGCCAAGCAUCCGGACUCCUCCACGAGCAAGCGGAGCGGCUCAGCUGAGGCGAUGCCACUACUUCCGAUGGGCGGUUCGGAAGCCCGCGAGGACUCCAAGCAGACCUUCAGGUCGACCAUGUGGUACAUCUGA